AUGCGUAGUCGUAGUAAUUCUGGUGUUCGUUUGGAUUAUUACCAACGAAUUGUACACAAAAUUAUUAUGAAACAUCAGAAUGCAGUCACAGGACUUUUUCCUGCAAGUCCUGAGAAUGAUCAUGCAUGGGUUCGUGAUAAUGUGUAUUGUAUUCUUGCUGUUUGGGGUCUCUCAAUGGCAUAUAAAAAGAUUGCUGAUGCAGAUGAAGAUAGAGCUAAAACAUAUGAACUUGAACAAAGUUGUGUAAAAUUAAUGAGAGGUUUAUUAAUGGCAAUGAUGCAACAGAAAGAAAAAGUUGAACGAUUUAAAUCCAGUCAAAAUCCACAUGAUGCUUUACAUGCUAAAUAUAGUUCUGUUAGCGGUCAAAGUGUUGUGGGUGAUACAGAAUGGGGUCAUCUUCAAAUAGAUGCUAUAUCUCUUUAUUUAUUAAUUCUAGCCCAAAUGACAGCAUCUGGUUUACAAAUUGUUUUUAAUUUAGAUGAGGUUGCAUUCAUUCAAAAUUUGGUAUUCUAUAUUGAAUCAGCCUAUUGUACUCCUGAUUAUGGAAUUUGGGAAAGGGGAGAUAAAACAAACCAUGGCUUACCAGAGUUAAAUGCUAGCAGUAUUGGAAUGGCAAAGGCUGCAAUGGAAGCAAUGAAUGAACUGGACUUAUUUGGUGCAAGAGGUGGCCCUACCUCAGUAAUUCAUGUAUUAGCAGAUGAAGCACAGAAAUGUCAAGCAGUAUUGCAGUCAAUGUUACCGCGUGAAUCCAAUUCAAAAGAAUUAGAUAGUGGAUUAUUAUCUGUUAUUAGUUUUCCAGCAUUUGCUAUAGAUGAACCUAAUUUAAUUCAAUUAACAAGAAAUGCUAUUACCAAAAAAUUACAAGGUCAUUAUGGAUGUAAAAGAUUCUUACGAGAUGGAUAUAAAACACCAAAAGAGGAUCUUAAUAGACUUUAUUAUGAACCAUGGGAAUUACGUAUGUUUGAAAAUAUAGAAUGUGAAUGGCCUUUAUUCUUUUGUUAUUUAAUUGUUGAUUAUUGCUUCCAAGGCAAUAAAGAAGCAGUAACAGAAUAUACAAAACAAUUAGAACAAAUAAUGAUUAAAACAGAAGAUGGAAUAAAAUUAGUACCUGAAUUAUAUUCUGUUGAAACAGCAAAUGUAUCAGCAGAGUAUGCUGAACCAGGUAGUCAAAAACGUAUUGCAUUAGGUAGAUGUCCAUUUAUGUGGGCUCAGUCUCUUUACAUAUUAGGAAAAUUAUUACAAGAAGGUUUUCUUGCUGUGGGAGAAUUGGACCCAUUAAAUAGACGUUUAUGUAGUGAAAAAAAACCAGAUGUUGUAGUACAAGUUGUAAUUUUAGCAGAAGAUGCUGAAAUUAGAGAAAAAAUAGCUCAACACGAUAUUCAUGUGCAAACAAUUGCGGAGGUUGCUCCAAUUGAAGUUCAACCAGCAAAAGUCCUCAGUCAUUUAUAUACAUAUUUAGGUCGAAAUAAGAAAUUAGGAUUGUCUGGGCGUAAAUCAAGAGAUGUAGGAAUUUUAAGCACCAGUAAAUUAUAUUCUUUGAAUGAUAAAAUAUUUGCAUUCACACCACAGUUGACAGACAUGACCCGCUUCUACAUCGCAUCGGACUAUGAGCUCAUGAUUGACAUAUUCAAAGGCGAAAUUAAUUUCUUGAAGUCUAGCUGGCAGAACAUGUUAGGCCGGCCUCUUGUGGUCAUGCCCCUCAAGAACAUUCAUCUAGAUCAAGGAAAGAUACCAUUGGCAAUGAUAACUACUAUGAAAAAAUUAAAAAGUGGCUAUAUUAAUGGUACACGAGUUUCAUUAGGAAACUUAAAUGACUUUUUAAGUACUUCCUGUAUUACAAAUCUCAGUUUCUUAGGAAGUUCUGAGGACGGUAGACCAGAUAAAUUAAACCCUCAGGUUCAACAAUAUCUAGAAGAACAUUUGAUGCGUGCAUUUCCGCAUCGUACAGGUCUCCUCAAUAGACCGGUGAUUAAAACUGGUAAAAAUUUAAGACGCAAGAUGUCUGUAAAAGGUGCUAUAAAGAAAACGAGAUCUAUCGCUGUAGAACCUGAGAUUCUUGGGAUGGCAGGAGAAGAUAGAAGACCUUCUGCUGUUUUAAAUGCAAAUCCGUUUAUUGAAGUGACAGAUACAACAUUAACUCCCAAUCCUACUCAGUCGGCUCCUUUGGAUCGAACACCAUCACCUACAGAUGAAUUAUUGUCUUGGACAAAUUCUCCAAAAUUACAUAGACACAGAGGUAUAGGUGAAACUCAGUAUGCAGAUACAGAAGUUGAAGAAUUGUUAUCCAUGCUUCGAGAAACUGAAAGUUUAGAAGAACAAGGAGAUAUUUUACAAUACCUUGUUGAUUCUCAAGGCUUAUAUUUCAAUACUGGUAUGGUAGAAGAUGGUCACCCAGUUUUAAUAAAAGAUUUACUAAAAGAUCUAUAUGAAAAAGCUUGUCAACAAAAAAUGUGGGGCAUUGUACGUCACACGGCCGGCAUGUUAGGAAAACGAGUGGAAGAUUUAGCCAAAGCAGUUACUGAUUUAUUAGUUCGUCAAAAACAAGUUACAGUUGGAAUGCCACCAACUAAUGAACACACUAUUGUUGCACCCUUACCGGAAAAUGAAUUACGAUCUUUAAUUCAUCAAGCAUAUGGAGAUGAUGAAUCUACUGCUAUGUUAACACAAGAAUUACUUGUUUAUUUAGCGAUGUUUAUUAGAACGGAACCGCAAUUAUUUCAUGAAAUGCUCAGACUCAGAGUAGGUUUAAUUAUUCAAGUAAUGGCUACUGAGUUAUCGAGAACUUUAAUAUGUACUGGAGAGGAAGCAUCUGAACAUUUGCUUAAUUUGUCACCAUUUGAAAUGAAAAAUCUUUUACAUCAUAUUAUGAGUGGAAAGGAAUUUGCUAUUAGCAGUGUUGGUCGAGGAAAUUUUUCUGUUAUUAGUUGCAAAUCUAGUAGAGUUAGUAAGAAAUCACAAAUUGGAGGUUUCUUAAGUCCUGAUCAAACUGAUGGUAAUGAAAUAGAACCAGAUCGGCAAGGUCAGUGGUUACGACGUCGUAGAUUAGACGGCGCAUUAAACAGAGUACCACGAGAUUUUUAUCCUCGAGUAUGGCAAGUACUUGAACGGUGUCAAGGUUUAGCUAUUGAAGGUAGAAUUUUACCUCAAAAUCUUACACAGGAAAUGACACCUGGAGAAUUAAAAUUUGCAUUAGCAGUAGAAACUGUAUUAAACACUAUACCACAACCAGAAUAUCGUCAGCUAGUAGUUGAAGCUUUAAUGGUGUUAACUUUAGUAACUGAAUAUAAUGUAGUAACUUCACUAGGUGGACUUAUUGCUGUUGAACAAUUAGUUCACAAAGCUAAUGCCAUCUUUUUAGAUGAUCAGAUGAAGGUUGAUGGUGAUGCUACUUUAUGUUGUGCUAAACCAAAAGAUCAACGUGAAACAACUGCAAUGGGAAAUCUCCUUUGUGGUGGAGCAGCAUAUGUUUGUCAACAUUUUUAUGAUAGUGCUCCAAGUGGUAGUUUUGGAACAAUGACAUACAUUACAAGAGCCAUAGCUUCGUUAUUAAAUUGUUUGCCAAAGGAUGGUGAUUUGGAAUGUACAAUAUCAUAGUUCUUUAUUUCUUGAAAAUAAUAAAUUUUUAGUUCAUUAUAUUUAGAAAUUUUCUAACAAAUCAUACUUAUGUUAAUUCUUUAGAAUUUACUUGUAAAAUGUAAGUAAAUUUAACUUUAACCCUUUCCUUACGGCAGCCCGCACCGCCGGAAUAACGCUACUGAACGGGGCAUCGCGCUGCGAAGUGUGCACUUUGCACGUCGGUAGUCGUCAAUGUUCGGACUUACGUCUUUCAACGCCACUUUGUGAUUGUCUUGUAUGGGUAGUUAGACCAAUAAUUAGAUCAAAUUAUAAUUCUUAGUAAUUUAAUUCAGUAUGGUAAAUUCUCAAACAAGGAUCAACGCAGAGACCCAUACACACAGGUCGUCGCACGGCCGCCGACUUUAGUCGGCACCCGUAACGAAAGGGUUAAAAAAUAUUCAAUUUAGAAUUUCAUGAGAAUGAUAAAAUAAUAAUGACCAAAAUUUUCGAACAUUCU